CUCACUCGACCCCGGGCUGCGCCGCAGACGGCAGCAGCUCCCGCUCCGCCCGAGCCUCUUGACCGCCGGGCCGGGGUGCUAACCGCGGGUCCCUCCAGCCCACUGGCCCGGCCAGCCCAGCCCAGCCCGCCGGCCCGCAGUCCUGCCGCCCGCCGCCCCCCGCCGCCGCCGCGUUGCCAAAACAAACGGGCCGGCCUAUUUAUUGGCUGCCGGCGAGCCGGGCAGCUCAGAGUCGAGGCGCCGAGGGGGACAGCACGCCGCCACCAGCCAGGGCCCCAGGCCCCCGCCCCGCACCUGAGUCCCGCCGGCUUUGAGCCGCGCUGCUCUGCCCAUGGCGCCCCCGCCUGGAGUCCCCAGGAGCCACCCAGACGCCUGAGGCCCCGCAGCGCUCCCACCCACCCGUCCACCCAUCAGCCCACCAGGCGCCUCGCCCGCAGCUCUCCCGGGCUCCCUGGCCAUGUCUCCCACCUGGCUCCGGCCCCGACUACGGUUCUGUCUGCUCCUGCUGCUGCUGGUGGUGGUGCCGGCGGCGUGGGGCUGCGGGCCGGGCCGGGUGGUAGGCAGCCGCCGGCGGCCGCCGCGCAAACUCGUGCCGCUUGCCUACAAGCAGUUCAGCCCAAACGUGCCAGAGAAGACCCUCGGCGCCAGCGGGCGCUACGAAGGCAAGAUCGCGCGCAGCUCAGAGCGCUUCAAGGAGCUCACCCCCAACUACAACCCCGACAUCAUCUUCAAGGACGAGGAGAACACGGGUGCCGACCGCCUCAUGACCCAGCGCUGCAAGGACCGCCUGAACUCGCUGGCCAUCUCUGUCAUGAACCAGUGGCCAGGUGUGAAGCUGCGAGUGACUGAAGGCUGGGAUGAAGAUGGCCAUCACUCAGAGGAGUCUUUACACUAUGAGGGCCGUGCAGUGGACAUCACCACCUCAGACCGUGACCGCAACAAGUAUGGACUGCUGGCACGCUUGGCAGUGGAGGCCGGCUUCGACUGGGUGUAUUACGAGUCCAAGGCCCACGUGCAUUGCUCUGUCAAGUCUGAGCAUUCUGCUGCAGCCAAGACAGGCGGCUGCUUCCCUGCUGGAGCCCAGGUGCGACUAGAGAAUGGGGCACGUGUGGCCCUGUCAGCCGUGAAGCCAGGAGACCGGGUGUUGGCCAUGGGGGAGGAUGGGAAUCCUACCUUCAGUGACGUGCUCAUUUUUCUGGACCGUGAGCCAGACAGGCUGAGAGCUUUCCAAGUCAUCGAGACUCAGGAUCCCCCACGUCGGCUUGCACUCACACCUGCCCACCUGCUCUUCAUUGCUGACAAUUACACAGAACCAGCAGCCCACUUCCGGGCCACAUUUGCCAGCCAUGUACAGCCUGGCCAAUAUGUGCUGGUGGCAGGGAUGCCAGGUCUGCAGCCUGCCCGGGUGGCAGCUGUUUCUACACAUGUGGCCCUUGGGGCCUAUGCUCCACUCACAAGGCAUGGGACAUUGGUGGUGGAAGAUGUGGUGGCUUCCUGUUUUGCAGCUGUGGCUGACCACCACUUGGCUCAGUUGGCCUUCUGGCCCCUGCGACUAUUUCACAGCUUGGCAUGGUGCAGCUGGACCCCAAGUGAGGGUGUGCACUGGUACCCUCAGCUGCUCUACCGCUUGGGGCAUCUCUUGCUAGAAGACAGCAGUUUUCACCCGCUAGGCAUGUCUGAGGCAGGAAGCUGAAAGGACUCUAACCACUGCCCUCCAGAACUGCUAUGCUGGAUUUCCAAAGGCCUCCUCAUCAGGAAGGCUUUGACCCUGGAAGGCACCUGAGCUGAGGAUACUGGUCCCUGUCCUCUGCUCCAGAGUGGAGAUACUAUUGAGACUUGACUAGGCAAUGCUGGGUACUCCACCCCCAUCUUGGUAUAAUGGUAGAGUUGCAAGCUGAGCUGGUAAGGGUGUAGUAGGUGCUCCUUUCUUGGAGACUUUGAGACCCAGCUAGCCCUCACUGCGAUUCUUCACACCUCAUUUCCCUGUAUGGGAAUAUCCAUUCCAUCUGUCUUUAGACUGCUUACUCCAGUGUCUCUCCAGGCCUGGGUUUGUGACUUCACUGCUGGUAAUACACAGUAGUGUGAAGAGAGUCUGCCCACAGGUGGGCUUGCACCUCAGUUGAUGCUGCUAGAUUUUCUGGGAGCCAGCAGGGACCUGACUGGACUCUGCCUCCUAGAACUGAGAAGGCCACAGCCAGCCUGGCCAUCUUGAGGCAUGACCUUCUCUGCUGGCCACAUUCCUCCAGACACAUCCUGAGUCUGUUGCUGUCAAUGGGCAGAGUUCUCUGUUCCAGUCAAUGUGACCAUAGUACCUGGGACUGGGGGAGGAGACGUGGAUGUCCUUGCCACCCCUUCUCAGGCUAAGCUCCCUUUUCUGCUGAACCACAAUCCCCACCCCCUCCUCCAGUCUGUCUCCCCCACCUUAUUUAUUGUCAUGGAGGGGGAAACCCAUGGGAGAAUUUUGGGAAUGUUUUGGUCUUUCCUUCCUUUUGUAAUAAAAAUUAUUUAAGUUGUUACA